AUGAUCAAAGGUUAUUAGAUCGUCCCUUAUUCAUCUUUAUUUAUUGAUAUGUAAUAUAGACAUUUAUUUCAUACUUUAUGGACAUACUUAAAUCCUCUUUAUUAAAAUAAAUAUUUGAGAAAGAAAUGUUGUUCUAAAAGCUCUUUAUUACAAAUUGAAGAAAUUUGGUUAGGAAAAUUGAAAAAUUAUAAAAUAUUAAUCACUUUAUGUAUUAAAGCUUUUAAAGAUUUAGUUUUACAAGUCAACUUAAUUUUAGUAUCAAUGCGUUAAAUUGGUCACUAGGAUCUGAGGUUAUUAAAAAAGGAAUUUGUAUUCCAGAAAUGAUAUAAAUAAUUCGAUUAAAUAUACCUGUAGAAGUAACUCCAGAUACUUUAGGAUGCAAAUUAAAUUAAUUUAAACAAUUUAUACAGAAAAAGUAUCAGUUUUGUACAUACAAGACCAAAGGAAUAAUGAUUUCUUAAGUUUUUGGAGCAAAAUUUGAUGCUUCAGAAAUUAUUGAUUAGGUAAAAUCGAAAGGAUUGUUUAUUUUGGAAGAUGAAGCUUAGAGUUUUGUAGUUCCUAAUUCAAAAUGUAUAAAAUUAUUAAAAUCAAUAGUAAAUCCAAAUGUUGACUUUUCUAUUUUUUUUUUGUUCCUUAAAAAAUUGUUCCUCCUUUGGUGGAUCUAUAAGUGUAUAUUAUAAUAAUGAUGUUUUGUUUAGAAAAAUGAAAGCCUUGUAAGAAUCAUAUCCAAAUGAUCUCAAAGAAAGUAAAGUUUAUAUAAAGUUCUAGUUAUAUUAAAAAGACUUUAAUAAAUUUAAUCAAUAUGAUAUUGUUAAAUAUUAGAAAAAUAAAUAGAAGUUCAAGAUUGGUCUUUAUUAAUAUUUUUCCAAAUUAAGACAAUAAAGAAUUUGUUGUUAAUAGUAUAAGUGGUUUUAAAAAGAAUCCAUCAGAUAUUCUUUAAACCUAAAGAUUUAAAGUACCUGACCCUAUGUUAGUGAUUUUAGCUUUGAGAAUGAAUCCAUUUGUUGUUGGUUAAUUUAAUAUAGCAACUUAAAGAUAACGAGUAGGUUUAAGCAUUUUUAAACAAGGAGGUCUGCUUGUAUGAUAAAAAAGUAAGUAUAUAUUAAACUUACAAAUACAUGCAGUUGAAUAUAGAAGGUUCUGGUAUUCUUAUUCUAUUAAAAGAUAAAUUUAGGUAAUAUCCAGUUAUGGUACCAAAGCUUGAAAUGACAAACAAAAUUUUGAAUGCAAGAGGAAUUGAUGCUUAUAUAGGAGUUAAACAAUUAUGA